CGGAGCCGCGCGCCCCGCAGGCUCCGGGACGGUGGCGGCAGUUGGCGGCGGCGGCGGCGCAGCCCUCCGCGGGCCAUGUCUUUCCCGGCCGUGGCGAGGAGCUCCUCGAGAGGGAACCGGGAGAUGGCGCCCCGGCCGCGGAGCCGGGGCCGGUUCUGGGAAGGGGGCGGCGGCAGCGGGGACCGGCUGGAGCGCGCGGCCGCCGAGUCGGAGCGCUGGGAGCUGCUGCUCCGCCGGGGCGAGCUGCUGGCCCUGGGCGGCCACCUGAAGGGAGCGCUGGAGGCGUACGCGGCGGCGCUGCGGCGCGGGGCCCCGGUCCGGCCCGAGUGCCUGGGCACCCUGGUGGACUGCCUGGUGCUCAACUACCGGCUCCGCCACGGGCUGGGCUGGAGCGCCGCGCGGGCGGCGGACGCGGGCGCGGGCGGGCUGCUGAGCUGCCUGGGCUGCCGGGGCUUCCUGAGCGAGCCGGUGACCGUGCCCUGCGGCCACAGUUACUGCCGCCGCUGCCUGCGGAGGGAGCUGCGCGCCCGCUGCCGCCUCUGCCGGGACCGGCUGCCGCCCGCCGCCGCCGCCGCCGCGGAUGCUGAGGGCACCCCCCCGCGGCCGCCGCCUCUGGCCGCCGCCAUCGCCGCCUCGGGCUUCCGAACCAGCGUCGUCCUCAACCACCUGGCGGAGAAGUGGUUCCCGAGCCAGCAGGAGCGAGCGCGGGCGGCCGGCCGGCUCGGGGAGCUGCUGCAUCAGGGGCGCCACCGGGAGGCCCUGGCCGCCGCCGGCGAGGCGCUGCGAGCAGAGCCCAGCAACUUGACACUCAAAAUCUACCGCGCUGAAUCCUAUGCUGGUCUCGGAGAGUUCAAAGCAGCCAUAGAGGACCUGAAUGCAGUGCUCUUCCAGCUGCCAGGUUGGCCCGAGGUCUACUUCAGGAAGGGAAAAGUCCUCCAUGAUGCUGGCUUUUUAGGUGACGCCUUACAGCUAUUCCUGCAGUGCUUAGCCCUUGAUGAAGACUUUGCACCUGCAAAGCUGGAAGUGGAAAAGAUUUUAUUUGAUUUAUUAUCACCUGAAAACUUAAAAGAAGGCCUGAAGGAUUCUUCCUGGAGUUCAUUGCCAUGUACUAAGAACAAACCUUUUGGUUUUCCAUCAGUAAUGGAAGAGUUUCACUCUGCCAGUGAGCUCAGCCCAGAGCAGAAUGAAGAAAUACCUGAGACCCCGGCAGAACCUGUCAAAGGAAGCUUAAACCGUGCUCGGUCAGCACAGGCUAUCAAUUCCACAGAAAUGCCCACCAGAGAGGAUUGCUUAAAACGCGUGUCCUCAGAACCUUUGCUCUCUGUUGAAGAAAAAGGUGCUCUCCUGAAAAGAAAGCUGUCUCUCUUAGAACAGGAUGUGAUUGUCAAUGAAGAUGGAAGAAAUAAGCUUAAAAAGCAAGGAGAAAUGCCCAAUGAGGUCUGUACGUUUUCAUUAACUUAUGGUGACAUCCCAGAGGAAUUAAUAGACGUCUCAGAUUUUGAGUGUUCUCUCUGCAUGAGGUUAUUUUUCGAGCCAGUAACAACCCCUUGUGGACACUCAUUCUGUAAGAAUUGUCUUGAGCGUUGUUUAGAUCAUACACCAUAUUGUCCCCUUUGCAAAGAAAGCUUAAAAGAGUAUCUAGCAGAUAGGAGGUACUGUGUCACACAGCUGUUGGAAGAAUUAAUAGUGAAGUAUCUGCCUGAUGAGCUGUCUGAGAGAAAAAAAAUAUAUGAUGAAGAAACUGCUGAACUCUCACACUUGACCAAGAAUGUCCCAAUAUUUGUUUGCACUAUAGCCUACCCCACUGUGCCUUGCCCUCUUCAUGUAUUUGAGCCAAGAUAUAGAUUGAUGAUUCGAAGAAGCAUACAAACUGGAACGAAACAGUUUGGGAUGUGUGUCAGUGACAAGCAGAAUGGUUUUGCAGAUUAUGGUUGUAUGUUACAAAUUAGAAAUGUACACUUCUUACCUGAUGGAAGGUCUGUGGUGGAUACUGUUGGAGGAAAGCGGUUUAAGGUUUUAAAAAGAGGAAUGAAAGAUGGAUAUUGUACUGCAGACAUUGAAUAUUUGGAAGAUGUUAAGGUGGAGAAUGAAGAUGAGUUAGAGAGUCUCAGGCAGCUUCAUAAUUUGGUCUACUCUCAAGCCUGCAGCUGGUUUCAGAAUUUAAGAGACAGAUUUCGAAGCCAAAUUCUUCAGCACUUUGGCUCAAUGCCCAGGAGGGAGGAAAACCUUCAGGCGACUCCUAAUGGACCUGCCUGGUGUUGGUGGCUUCUUGCAGUUCUCCCUGUGGAUCCCCGAUACCAGCUGUCAGUUCUGUCAAUGAAGUCUUUGAAGGAACGGUUGACAAAGAUACAGCAUAUCCUGACCUAUUUUUCUAGAGACCAGUCUAAGUAACUAACUGCUUGGAUCUUCCUUUAAAGUUACCCUAACCUGGCUCUGUUGAUGGCCAGGUUGUCUGCUGCCUUUGCACCUCCAGUGCUGGUUUGAAAAAUGUAUGGAAACUCUUGUUUUUUUAUUUUAUUUUAUUUCCUCAACCUCCAGAAUCAUGUGGUUCUGCAAAUGAAUACCCUCAACUAGGAUUUAGACCACUAAGAACUUGCACAGGAAAACACACAGCAAAUGUGUGUUAAACCUCUACAUUGUGAUGAAGUUGCACUAUGUACCGUAUUCUAAAAUGAAACGAGAACUGUGUGUGUGUGUGGAGUGUGUGUGCGCGAGCGUGUGGGUAGUAUGUGUGCAUUUUCUCUGGCUUUAAGAUUUUAAAAGAAAAAAAAAAAGCCAUAGAGAGCAGAGCUUGCCGAGGGCCAUUUACUGCCCAAGUUUACAACAGUAGCGAAACGAGUUUUUGCGAAUUGCAGUUGCCUCCGAUUUCUCUGUCCGAAUGCUCUGUUUGCACAGGUGUGUAAACUGUGGUAUUGCGUAUCGCUCUGCUGGAGAUCCUGCUCUUGCUGAACUGUCUUGACCAUUGACUAUGAUACUUUCCUAUUUAUGUAAAUACGUGCACCCCGGUGGCCGACAGGGGUGCGGAACCUAGAGCCAGUUUUCAGGAACAUUUGCAAACCUGACAUGGUACUGUGCAUCUAUUCACAAAACACUCAAAACUGUGAAAAUAUGGUUUACAUUUAAUUGUACAUAAAGGCAAAUGGAGAACUGACGCAAUUCAGUACCAGUUAGUUUGUACCUUUUAGGGGGCUUUUCUCAUUAACUGCCCAUCUAUGUAAUUUAUAGUUUGACAUGAUGUGUUAUAGGACCUGAGGGACGAGAAGGAGCUUAAUGUAGAACUAAGCUUUUACAGUCUGUUUUGUUUUCCAGUUCUGGUCGCGGUGCAAAUGUUAGUUAUGCCUUACUCAUCUGACAAUUAGAGCACCAUGCUGUGACGUGGUUUAUACUCAUGCUGCCCUAGACACUUUUGUAAUUAUUUGUUGCAAACUUAGGACUGUCCCUAUUAACUUUCUUUUAUGUAAGUAAUUUGUAAAAAUUUCGGAAAAACUUGCUUUUGCUUAUUUAAUUUUGAAUAAAAGCUAAAUUCAUAACAA